ACGUGGUGCGUCCGCCAUUUCUCCGUCUUCACCACCCGGGGUAUUGUUGCGAUCGCCCAAGUGUCGAUUUCCAGGACAAAUGUCUUCUUCGCGCUACUACGAGGGCCACCAGGCCAAGCGCCAACGCACCGACGACGGCCACAACGGACGGGAGAGCUAUGAAGACCCGUUAAAGCCAUCCCCCUCCCCCGUGGUGCACGUUCGUGGCCUGGCGGAGCAUGCUGUAGAGACCGACCUUGUCGAGGCUCUUCAACACUUUGGCCCCAUCGGGUACGUGGUGAUCAUGCCCAAGAAGAGGCAGGCCCUGGUAGAGUUUGAGGACCUGGAGAGUGCUCGCAGCUGCGUCACGUUCACCGUGGGCAACCCCAUCUAUGUGAGCGGCCAGCCGGCAUACUUCAACUACUCCACGAGCCAGAAGAUCUCUCGCCCAGGCGGUGGCGAAGAUAGAGCAUCCUCUGCCAACCACAUCUUGCUAUUCACCAUCAUUAAUCCGGCUUACCCCAUCACUACUGAUGUGUUGUACACCAUUUGCAACCCGUGUGGCCCUGUGCAACGUAUAGUCAUCUUCCGCAAGAAUGGGCUGCAGGCCAUGGUUGAAUUUGACUCGGUGCAGAGUGCACAGAGGGCAAAGGCCUCUCUUAAUGGUGCUGACAUCUACUCAGGCUGCUGUACUUUGAAGAUCGAAUAUGCAAAGCCGACACGCCUUAAUGUGUUCAAGAAUGACAGCGAGACUUGGGACUACACCAAUGCAAACCUGGGAAGGCAAGAUGACAAACGGCAGAGAACGCCAGCGCUCCUCGGAGACCAUCCCAACAACGCUUAUGGAGAUUACGCAGAAUACAAUCAAGGGUACCAAACAGAGGAAUACCCUCCUGGGACUGGAUAUGACUACUCAGGGCAGCAUCAGGGUGGUGGUGGUGUUGGUGGUGGUGGUGGCGGCGGUGGCGGCGGCGGCGGCGGCGGUGCCUACCAGGGCUACCAGGGCUACGGCCAGGAGGAGAUGGGGGCGCCGGCACGGAUGGGUGCCAACCGCAUGGGCCGUGUCGGCCCUCCCCCCAUGCACCACCAGCAGUCGGCUCAGGCCACCAGUAAGGUGCUCAUGGUGUACGGGUUUGACCCGGAACGCAUCAACUGCGACAAAGUCUUCAACAUCCUGUGCCUCUACGGCAACGUGGAGAAGAUUAAGUUCAUGAAGAGCAAGCCUGGCGCGGUGAUGGUGGAGAUGAGUGACCCAUUUGCUGUGGACAGAGCCAUUCACCACCUUAACCAGGCCUCCAUCUUCCAGAAGAAGAUAAACCUUUGCGUGUCCAAGCAGCAGGCCAUCAUGCCCAGCCAGUCGUACGACCUGUCUGACGGCACGUGCAGCUUCAAGGACUACACGGCGUCACGCAACAAUCGCUUCAGCAACCCCGAGAAGGCGGCCAAGAACCGCAUCCAGCUGCCGUCCAACAUCCUGCACUUCUUCAACGCCGCGCCCGAUGUCAGCGAGGAGCGAUUCAACGAGAUGUGUGAUGAAUUUGAAGUGAAGAGGCCCAUGUCUUUUAAGAUGUUUGCUGGAAAGAGUGACAAGAGUGCAUCUGGCCUGCUUGAGUGGGAUGAUAAGAAUGAUGCAAUGGAGUCCCUGGCUCUCAUCAACCACUAUCAGAUGAAGAACCCCACUGGACAGUUCCCGUACACACUGAAGCUGUGCUUUUCUACAUCGCAGCACAACGCUGACCAUGCCAAGGAGCGUUAAAGGAGCCCGCAGCCCACCGUUAAUCAUUGCUUUCUGUUUAUGGUGACUGUUGAACAGUGAUUUAAAAUGUGCUUUGCGUUUAAGCUGAUAUGCAGACAUUGAGACAAUUGUCCCCACUUUUUUAUUGAUGUAAUGUUUGUCAGAUUGCUGAAGAACUAGACAAGCAAAUAAAAUGCAUAAUUAGG